AUCCGCGCUGGGUAGACAAGACAAGGAAGAUUGGACAAAAACAUAAACAUUAGCGGACCCGCCGUGGGCUGAAUUUGCUUUGCUGCAUAUCGAUGUAAUCGAAAAUAAUGAAUUAACUGCAUUUCUUCUUGAAACCAAGUUCUCGUGCAUACCAACGUAUUUUGUUUUUUAGCCCAAGUUAGCGCUUUAGGUACAUGAGCUCCUACUCGAUUUAAAGAGAAAUGGACACGAGAGCCUUGAGGAAUCCCUAUCCAGACUAUGAUGGCAGCCCUGAGCUCACGCAGUCGCUUUUUGACUCACAAGGCAAGCUGACAUCGGCGUUUGCCCAGCGUUUGAGCAGCAAGAUCGAUGAGCUCUUGGCUGUCAUGGACAACGGGCUCAAGUCCGCCGACCCAAAAGAUUGUACCACCUACACCGGCUGGGCAGGAAUUGCGUUGCUAUACCUGCACAUCCACCGCAUUUUCAAGCAACCAGCGUUCCUCCAGAAGGCUCUGGAACACGUCAGCCGCAGUCUGAAGUGCCUGACCCGCAACCAUGACGUCACUUUCCUUUGUGGCGACGCAGGGCCACUGGCUGUGGCCGCUGUGGUGUACCAACAGCUGCAAAAGCCAGGAGAAGCCGACGAGUGCAUCAGAAGACUGCUGCAGUAUCACCAGACUGUUGUGAAAGGUUCAGGCGGGAUGCCAGACGAGCUCCUCUAUGGUCGCGUGGGUUACCUCUAUUCUCUCAUCUUUAUCAACCAGCAGCUCGGCACAGACAGAAUCCCACUGCAGCACAUCCAGCAGAUCAGUGAGGCUGUUUUGGCAUCAGGCGAGCACCUCAGUAGGAAGUUUCACAUCCAGAAUCAAAGCCCCCUGAUUUAUGAGUGGUACAAUGAACAAUAUGUAGGCGCUGCCCACGGAUUGGCUGGCAUUUACUACUUCCUCAUGCAGUCUGGGUUUGUUGCAGCUGAGGAGAACAUUCGGAGGAUGGUCAAACCCAGCGUCGACUAUGUUCGCCAUAUUAAGUUCCCCUCGGGGAACUAUCCUCCCUGCAUCGGAGAUGGUCGUGACCUGCUAGUGCACUGGUGCCAUGGAUCCCCGGGCGUCAUCUAUAUGCUCCUGCAGGCACACAAGGUGUUUGGAGAAUCUCAGUACCUGGCGGAUGCUCUGCAGUGUGGCGAGGUUGUGUGGCGGUGGGGAUUGGUGAAGAAAGGCUACGGGCUGUGUCAUGGCGCGGCAGGCAAUGCUUAUGCCUUCCUGGCUCUGUACCGUCAAACGCAGGAUCUCAAGCACCUUUACAGAGCCUGCAUGUUUGCAGACUGGUGCAUGAACUAUGGCUCACAUGGCUGCAGAACACCAGAUACUCCCUUCUCACUUUUUGAGGGCAUGGCAGGUACCAUCUACUUUUUGGCCGACCUACUGCAGCCAGCACAAGCACGUUUUCCAGCCUUCGAGGUGUGAUUUUUUUUCCCCAGCAGCCCUUCCCCCAACCUCAAAUCAACAGGUAGAUGACCUGCUGUGACCCAACAAGACCGGAUGUGUCAUGUCUGUGUUUUUCCAGCUUAAUUUCCUUACUCUAAUAAAUUUACAUCAACCAUAAUGGUCACAAUGAAAUGUAAAGAUUGUUCUUUUAAUUUUUGCGGCUAACAAUUUGAGUCAUCUGUCAUUUGUUAUGUAAUCCAUUUGCUAUUUAUGCUGUCAUAAAUGCAUCCUUUGCACUGUCGGGGAAAUAAAUUGAGUGAUUUCUCACA